CCUGUUUGUUUUUCCUUCAGGCUUUCGAUUCAUAAGUCACAAUAUCCAAGUAAAUAAAAGGGUAGAGAUUUUAUACACUUCAAGAACAGCAAGCUAUAGAAUCACAUCCAUGGCUUGGAUUUGGACUUCUCUAGCCUUUGUUGCACUUAUCUUUCUGCUCCAAUGGUUAAGCACCAAGAAUAAGAGACUACCGCCUGGUCCAAGAGGGUUUCCAAUUUUUGGAAGUCUUCAUAUGUUAGGGAAGUUUCCUCAUCGAGCUCUUCAUCAGCUUGCUCAAAAAUAUGGCCCCAUCAUGCAUUUGCGGUUAGGCCUGGUGCCAACCAUUGUUGUCUCUUCGCCUGAAGCUGCCGAAUUAUUUCUUAAGACCCAUGACCUUGUUUUUGCUGGUAGACCACCUCACGAGGCUGCAAGGUACUUCUCUUAUGGACAAAAAGGCAUGACUUUUGCACAAUACGGCCCGUACUGGCGCAACAUGCGUAAGAUGUGCACAAUAGAGUUGCUUAGUAGCUUGAAAAUUACAUCUUUCAAGUCAACGAGAAUGGAAGAACUUGAUCUGUUGAUUAAGUACAUUCAAGAAGCUGCACGGGAACGUGUUGCUGUCGAUCUGAGUGCUAAGGUUUCGUCCCUCAAUGCUGACAUGAGCUGUAGAAUGGUGUUUGGGAAGAAAUAUUUAGAUGAGGAUCUUGAUGAGAGGGGAUUCAAAUCUGUGAUGCAAGAGGUCAUGCAUUUAUCAGCAGCUCCACACUUGGGAGAUUACAUUCCUCAAAUCGCAGCUCUUGAUCUCCAGGGACUGACAAAACGCAUGAAGGCUAUUUCCAAAGUGUUAGAUGUGUAUCUUAACAAGAUUAUUGAUGAGCAUGCCCAAUACCAGGAGAAGGGCAAAAACAAGGACUUUGUUGAUGUCAUGCUAAGUUUCAUGAAAUCCGAAGAAAACGAGCACCUUGUUGAUCAAGGCUGUAUGAAAGCCAUAAUGCUGGACAUGCUUGCGGGUUCAAUGGACACUUCAGCAACUGUGAUUGACUGGGCAUUCUCAGAACUGAUAAAAAAUCCACGGGUUAUGAAGAAACUGCAAAAAGAAUUAGAAGAAGCAGUUGGAAAGCAAAGGAUGGUAGAAGAAUCAGACUUGGAGAGGUUGGAGUACCUAGACAUGGUUGUGAAGGAAACCUUGCGGCUCCAUCCAGCGGGUCCUUUGAUGAUCCCUCAUGAGGCCAUGGAGGACUGCAUUGUGAACGGCUUCCACAUACCAAAGAAAUCACAUGUUAUAAUCAAUGUAUGGGCCAUUGGUCGAGACCCAAAAGCUUGGACCGAUGCAGAAAAGUUUUACCCAGAGAGGUUUGUUGGCAGUGACAUAGAUGUUCGGGGCCGAAACUUCCAGCUUAUUCCAUUUGGCACUGGCCGCAGAAGCUGCCCUGGAAUGCAACUGGGGCUAACUGUGGUGCGACUGGUGCUUGCGCAGCUGGUGCAUUGCUUUGAUUGGGAACUUCCAAAUGGAAUAUUGCCAUCUGAAGUGGACAUGACUGAAGAGUUCGGUCUCGUAAUGUGCAGGUCCAAGCAUCUAGUAGCUAUUCCUACAUAUCGCCUUAACAAAUGAAACUAAAAGUGUCAGUGUCUUGUUUUAGAUCAAAAUAACGUUCCCUGCUAAAUUGAUCCUUCAGGGAUUCUGUGUGCUUUCUUGUUCAUAGAUCUUACCAUCUUUUUAAGAGAAAAUAAAUGAGGUAUGAUGCCAUUUCUUUUGGAAAACUAGAUUAGCAAUUCUCUGUCCGACCGAUGGAAGAAGAACGUAUAUAAAAGCACCGUUAGACUU